AUGUCACCAAUUGGAAAGCCACAUCCAAAGGAUAAAUUUACUCCAUCAGAGGAUCAGAAGUUGCGAAUGCUUGUUAGUGUUUUAGGUCCAAGUAACUGGAAGAAAGUCAGUGAGUACAUGGUUAGUCGAAACGCACGUCAGUGUCGUGACAGAUAUAAGAACUACUUGAGUCCAAACUUGAACAGCAGUCCAUGGAGUCAAGAAGACGAUGCUAAACUUCUUCAACUUGUUGACUUCUAUGGUCGCAAGUGGUCACUUAUUGCCAAAGAGUUCAAUGGCCGCACAGAUAUCAACAUCAAGAGUCGCUAUGCUCUUCUCAUGCGUCAAGAAGAAAGAGAUAAACAAAAGAAAAUGUUCCUUUCUUCCGAACCAGAAAUUCAAUUCGAAAAUAUAUCUGAGACGUCAUACCCUCAUGAAUCAAAUCAAAAUCAACAACCAGCUUAUUUCAAUCAAACUAUUUUGUUUGAUUUUAAUGAUAAUUUAAUCUUGAAGAUUCAUUACUAUUUGGAAAUAAUAUAUAGUUGUUCUUAUUAA